AUGGACCCUUUUGAGGAAACGCUGCGGAGGCUGAAGGAAUCCUUCAACACAGGGAAGACAAAGCCGGCCAAGUUCAGGGCUGAACAGCUGCAGAGCUUGGGCCGCUUCCUACAGGACAAUAACAAGCAGCUGCAUGAUGCCCUGGCGGGGGACCUGGGCAAGCUCACGAAGCUGAGCUCAGCCUUCAUCCGGAAGGAGCCCUUUGGCCUGGUGCUCAUCAUUGCACCCUGGAAUUAUCCUUUGAACUUGAUGAUCAUGCCUUUAGUGGGAGCCAUCGCUGCAGGGAACUGUGUGGUGCUGAAGCCAUCAGAAAUAAGCAAGAACACAGAGAAGGUGCUGGCAGAGCGGCUGCCCCAGUACCUGGACCAGAGCUGCUUUGCUGUGGUGCUGGGUGGGCCCGAGGAGACCGGGCAGCUGCUGAAACACAAAUUUGACUAUAUCUUCUUCACAGGGAGCCCUCGGGUAGGCAAGAUCGUCAUGGCAGCCGCAGCCGAACACCUGACUCCCGUCACCCUGGAGCUGGGGGGUAAGAACCCCUGCUACGUGGAUGACAGCUGCGACCCCCAGACCGUGGCCAACUGUGUGGCCUGGUUCCGCUACUUCAACGCUGGCCAGACCUGUGUGGCCCCCGACUACAUCCUGUGCAGCCAGGAGAUGCAGGAGAGGCUGGUGCCUGCCCUGCAGAAUGCCAUCACGCGUUUCUACGGAGACAACCCACAGACCUCCCCCAACCUGGGCAGAAUCAUCAACCAGAAACACUUCAAGCGUCUCCAGGGACUGCUGGGCUGUGGCCGCGUGGCCAUCGGUGGCCAGAGCGAUGAGGGAGAACGCUACAUUGCCCCCACAGUGUUAGCGGAUGUGCAGGAGACCGAGGCUGUGAUGCAGGAGGAGAUCUUCGGGCCCAUCCUGCCCCUGGUGACUGUGAGGAGCCUGGAUGAGACCGUUGAGCUCAUCAACCGGCGGGAGAAGCCUCUAGCGCUGUAUGCCUUCUCUAAGAGAAGCCAGGUGGUCAAACAGGUGCUGGCCCGGACCAGCAGUGGGAGCUUCUGUGGGAAUGAUGGCUUCAUGCACAUGACCCUGUCCAGCCUUCCUUUCGGAGGAGUGGGAUCCAGCGGCAUGGGCAGGUACCACGGCAAGUUCUCCUUCGACACCUUUUCCAACCAGCGCGCCUGCCUGCUGAGCUGCCCCGGGAUGGAAGAGCUGAAUGACCUCCGUUACCCACCCUAUAGUCCCCGGAACCAGCAGCUGCUGAAAUGGGUCUUGGGCUCCCAGAGCUGCACCAUCCUGUGAAUGACACCCGAUUCCUCCCUCCUGCUGCCCCAGCCCAGAACUACCUGAGCUUUCAGCUGCUCCCAGAUUCCCAGUGGUUCCCAGGAGGCAGGUGACUGGGCCAGCCUGUCAUUGGUUGAUUCCUCUGAACAGACCUGCAG